AUCAUUUCAUGUAAUCAGCAUACAAACGCCAAGUAACUCAAGGGCAUUUCGAAAAAGCGGUCAAUAAAUCGACCAGUCGGGCGGUUAGCACGCCUCACCCGCUUCCUCCUCUUCUCCAAGUCCCUCUUCGACUUCCUCAGCGCAUGCCGAGCGCUUCUCCGUCCAUGAUCGUGCUGCGGGUGCGUUGGUCGCCCGACAACAACCAACAGACCCAAGAUCUCGAAACAGAGCCUUUAUACCCAAACGCAAGCAACGGGAUCGUGCUAGGUACAGGAUUACAAGCCAAUUUCAAGUUUCGAGAUGACCGUGGGGUGGAUGAUACCCAUGGAACACUUGAACGCACCACUGGAUUAGGCGUUUGGGUCUACAGCGACCACAGCAGAAGAGGCUCAAUUCUCAAUAAUGAGCACAAAGUCCACAAUGACGCAGUAGUGGUGCACGAUGGGGACAAGUUGAAAUUGGGUCAAACGGAGAUUGAAUUGUGUCUCAAAAUGGGUAAAAUCGAAGUCCCAGAAGAGGAAGACGAACAAGUGUCGCCUAUUGAAACUAACCAAGAGGUGGAAACGGGUGCAAAUAAUGUUGUACGACUGACACGGCGUCGAGCUUCAACUCCAUGGGGAGCAGGAUCUGUCACCAAAGCACAACAAGCCAAACAGCGACUGCCUCGGAUUGACACAUCGGGACUAAAUUUUAAUGAGCCUGGACCAGUUCAACCGAUGGCAACUCCUCCGGAAUACACAUCAUCUCCAGUUCCUGGAACAAGAUGGCGAAGGAAGAGGAACUCCAUUGCUACAACGACAUUGACGGCGAGAUCCCCAUCACCACCGGAUCAACACGGACACCCAUACUCGUUCCAUCGCCCUCGCACGCGGUUUAUACAGGGACCGGAACUGCCAGAGGAAGAAAAUACAGAGAAACCCGCUCGUCCUCCUCCUCUAGAGUAUUCCAGUUCUCCAAUUGUAUCGCCGUCCUCUUUACGACAGCGACACAAUCUGUUCCAGCAACCACCAAAUAGUUUACCUAUUCCGGCGUCUGGUUUAAUAGCUGGAGUGCCGCCUCCUCCUAUUAGUGCAGGUGCUCGACCAACGUCACGACGUGAUGAUCUUCGUAUCCAAGUGUCAAAGAAAAUGGCUGCGGCUGCACCGACGAGUGCUGGGAAAGCUCCUGCGGUCCAAGUGGUGCCUAAAGCUCUGGAAUUCCAAGCACCUGCGUCUCCUGUGGCUCAGAGAGAUAUUCUCAAGCAACAGGAGUCGUUGCAGAAUAUCUUGCAACAUAAAUUCGAAGAAGAACAACUUCUGAAACAGCAACAAGAAGAAUGGAUGAGAACGAAUCUCAUGUCAAGCGAUAGUGAGUGUCAACCCUCCGCGUCAACGCCGGCUUUGUCACCUAUCAAGAGUGAGAAGAACGCCAUGGAUCAGGACGAAUUGGCCUUCCCGGCUCCAGCUCCGAUACUCUUGCGUACACUUUCGCUCGGCAUCAGUGAACAGCGGACUAUAAGACCGAGUCCACGUCUCACAGCCGCAAUUCGAGCUUCUCGAACUUGUCUCAACAGCUUUGAAGAAAAGCUAAGUGGACCCAAGCAUCAUGAUUUCAAAGGCCGUCGUAAGACCACAGCUCUGGUGCUUAGCCCGAGCAUAAGACUCAAUCACGAAGGUGCAACGAUCAGUCCAGUCAAGGAAAGUGAACUACGCACGUCGAAUGAAAGCAUCGCUUCAACAGCAACUACAGUAAUAACUUGCCACCGCCGCGUCACGAGCUCGCUUUCGUCACACUCGGCUAGCUCAGUUGAUCUAUGCGAUUUUGUUGGAUACGAGCAAGAGGAAGAUGGCGAAGACAUGGUCACUUCGUACACCAGUCCUGACUUGUAUGGAUCGGACGAGCUGCUACGUCGCUCUCGCGAGGAUACCACACUGCUGUUUGAUGCCAACCGCAGCAGCAGUGGCAGUGGGAAGUCCAUGUAUGGGACGUUGUCACCUCCACAGUCCAAUGUUUCAUCCACUCUCUCGCCGUCUAAUGCCGCGGACACACGUCUGGGUUCACCUCGUCGACGCGGAACCGAUACUCUUGACACCUCCAGCUCGAGUAGCAACCAGCUUCUAAACAACAAUCCCGCUCCUAGUCUUGACGAAGCCAUACCCUUGGGUGCACGUGUAUUGAGUCCCAGAGGUGGCCAGUUCGACCCGCGUUCCCCGUACAAAUCGACUGCAGCCCUCAAGAACAACCUGCCGCAACUGCAAAAGCUUCGUCGACCAAUACCCGAGCCAGAGGAUAUUGAUGUGGAAGGCAAGGAGGCGGCUGAACCGCGACAACCUUUUCGAAGACGCACCACAUUUCGUCGUCACUCACUAGCUCCGCUGACAGGCAUCAAUACGCCCUAAGUUGAAUUCCUCGUCAGUAAAUAUUUUAAUUGACGUAAAUUUGUGUUCCGGUUUAAAGUUUAGAACCCUUUACGUAAGUACUACUUCGAAGUAUAUUUCAACUUGACUG